CGUGGUGUAUCAACAGGUUAGAGGAUUCUUUGAUGACAGAUGCGCUGAAUCCCGGAGUUUCUCACUUGUAGCAGGCAGAAGUAUUUGUUUUCGUCGUAGACGGUUGUGGGCAUUUAGUGGAAAUUUUAUUUUAAGGAAACUAAGAAAGAUAAUGUAAAAAAAAUUUCAUUUUUGAGACAUUUUUAAAGGAUAUUUUGUGUGUUUGUCUAUCAAGGAUACAACAACUUAUUUUUACAGCAACAUGACGAAGAUCGUGUUGCUGAUCACAUUGUUCAGUAUCGCCUUUAGCCAGGAGCUCCGGUCUGAUCCGGCGCCCAUCAUCUAUCCGGGACAAGUAAACAUCGGCAUCAUUUCCAACAUACACGGACCUCCGGACAAUGGCACGGAUGGCUGUGGACCACUCAGACCAGAAGCGGUUCAGCGGGUAAUGGCUGCAGUGUGGGCAGCCCACCAAGCCAAUUUUAAGAAAGACGACCCUCAAGAAUUAAAUAUCGGCAUUUACAUUUACGACACAUGUGGUCGAGAAGAUGUUGCCGAAAGGCAAAUUUACCGAUUAAUGGGCCAUGUAGGGCAUGUGCAGACAACAGAUUGUUCUGAGAAAAGAAUUCCUCCAUUAUUUGCUGUGAUAACUGAAGGAGAAACAGAUUACUUAAAAGUUCCUCUAAAAUUACUGAAUGCCUUCUCUGUUCCUGUGAUCUCGACAAGUGGUCCAGGACUGCCCGAAUCUCAUCUUUUAAGCACAGCACCCACCACAGUAGCAUUGUCCAGGGCUGCUGUCAGUGUUCUCCGUCAGCUGCGAUUGCUGGAAGUGGCAGUGAUGGCUGAAGACGACAACCCGACCGGCCUUUUCGGAGACUUUUCGCGGCAGGCCCAAGUUUCCGGAAUGCAAGCCAUUCAGCUGGACCACGGCACAGAACAUGAUGACGAUGACUUUUUGGCGACUCUGAAACUUCUAUCAGAGUAUGGAAAGUCACGCCUGAAAGCUGUUGUGUUCUUGGUGAGCUCUGAAGAAGCUUUGAAUCUUCUCGGAAUGGUAAACGACGAAAGCCUUCCGCAAAUCCCUUGGGUCAUUGUCACGCCCUCUGACAUAUCUCCAGUGCUCAAAACAUUUGAUAAGAAACAACUAGGAAGGUUUCAGAAGAUACUUCUGUUAUCUCCUCAAUCUACCGACAUUCCGGAAUUCGAUAACUAUUUUCAACAACUACUUGAUGAAGACACUAUUAAAUACCAUCCUCUUUUGAUAGAAUUUUUACAAUCUAUUAAUGGCAAUGGAACUGAUGGAAAUAAUACCUCAUCUGAACUUCCAGAAACCACGCUUACAUCCAUGCUGUCUACUUCAUUAAACAAUUCAAUGGAAAUAACAAAACCCGAAUCACCCACUGAUCAACCCAUCGAACCGGCAGACGUUUCUUCGGUUGUCAAAGCUGUCUGGACUUUAGCAGCAUCUCUGAAGAACGUGCAGAAACGUUCUUGUCGUCGAGGCACCGACUGUCUUUUGUAUCUGAGAAGAAGUCUCAGUGCUUACGUUUCCAGGGCUGCAACUACUCUCAAUCAUGUAGUGGACGCCGGUGCAGAAAAUCUCAAAGGAAUGAGAUUGAAAUUCGAAGAAGAUGGAGAGUUGGCAUCUAAUCGAUAUGGUUUGAGAGGAUUUACUGAAGAAGGAGAAAUAAUCGAUGUUGGUUUCUAUAGUGAUGAUGAAGGACUUAAUGUAGAUCACGAUGUUCUGAUGCCUUUCAACGAAUUUAUAUUUGUAGAGCCAUUGUCAGAAUCUUCUUCUUCUUCAUCUAGCUCAUCUGCUCCUUAUGAUUCUUUGUCAUUCAGUCUUAAAGCCCUUGCGGAUAACUUUACAACUUCAACUGAACCGAUUAUUUUUAAUAUCUCAGAUGAAAUUCUUUCUACUACUAUCAAGCCCGAACUAGUUGAAUGGAAAAUAUUUGAUGAUGUUACUGCUGAAGAUUUAACCAUGGGAAAUCGAAAUGGAUCUGUCCCUGCAGUUCUCACAAGCGAUCUGAAUAAAGACCUAGACUUGGUGUUGACACUUCACGAUGAUUCAAAUCUGCAGCUGCUUUCUGAAAAUAGUUCCGUUUUGAACAAAGAAGAAGAAAGGGUGGGGAAUCGGGUCGACGUGGGGCCCAAAUACAGCAGCGAGCACCAUGCAUCGUCUUCGUCGUCGUCGAAUCUCAGAUCCAUCUCUCUGACGAGUCACCAAGUCCCUGAAGCCAAUGGUGCUUACCGGGCAGAGCCGAGUUCUCGUUCUGACCGAAGAGUAGAUGACUCUAGAGCCAAGCCUGCUUCUUCAACAUCAGAAGACGUUAAAGUCGUUCGAGCUAGUAGCAGCAGGCACGUGUCAGCUUGGCUAGGCCGACCCUGGGCUCUGUCUGUGCUGGGAGUGUGCGGAUUCCUUAUCCUGGCUACGCUCUACAUUCUAGUAUUCCUCAUGGUCAAAGCAUGUGAAGGAUCCUUGAAAAAGACCAACUGUUGCCUUGCUGGAACGCAGCUCGUAGCUCUGCUUUGUCUGUACCUAUCCGCUGCUUUGUAUACCUGGAAGCCAUCAGCGCUAUUAUGUGGAUUACAAAGACUGAUGCCUAAUGUUAGCCUCGCUUUCUGCUAUGGAAGUCUGCUUUUAAAAGGCAUGUAUUUGCGAGCUCAGAACAGCUUGGGUCUGGGUGGAAGCGUGAAUCGGUGCAAUCAAAUGCUGACCCUUCUGUUCAUCGUUGGAGUGCAAGUUGCUUUGGAAACUCAGUGGUGGUUGGUUCAUCCACCAGCUCUUGCCACAGAGGUUUUCGAGUGCAUGACGGGAAAGACAGAAAUUUUGCAAUCUCAGAUUUACAUUUCUUUCCUUCUUCUGAUGGCAACAGCACUGGCUGUAUCAACACGCAGGAUUCCUUAUAACCAACCCGAAAGCAGAAGCCUCAUUGCUACUACCCUGUCUUGCCUUGUGAUCUUCUUGUCAUGGGAUGUCGCUUGCUGGCUUUUACCAGACUCCAACAGCAGGAAUAUCGCCGCCCCAUCAGCACUGAUGGCUACAGCACUCACUAUAUUGCUAGGUAUUUUUGGUCCUCAGUUAUUCGCCAUCCACAAAUAUGGAGGAUUCCCGCACAAGCCUUUGUCCUAUGCUGAUUCUCUGUCCACUGUCUUCACCAUGUUCAAAGACCUUGACAACACUUCCACAAGCGGAACUACAGCAAGAGGUAAAAAGAACGCCAAGACCUUGGAAACUCCUUUUGCAACCGAAAUGGGAGAAGGAACUAGGAAUCCUUUGUACAGUGAUUACCAAUCUGCAUACCCAUAAAGGCAAGAUUCAUACCGAUUUUCAGCAAAUGGCCACAAUUUCAAGUGCAAAUCUUGAGAAAGCGAUUGCUUUUGAAGCCAGUCUCUUGGCUUUUCUUUAAUUAUUCUUAUUAACAAACACCAUUUCAAAGACAAUUUUUAUGUGUUAAAUCUGUGAUGAUAAUGAUUCAGGAGAGAGUUUCAUGUAUCUUUUUUAUCGUUUAUAUUUAGCAGGGAGCAUACGUAUUUAUCCACUGUUAGGUCCAGUUGCAAGUAGAUUUUUCUAUUAAUCGAUUUUCAAAGCAAUUUGCAUCAAAAUAGUUUGUCUACUUUUCAUUUUAUUCAUGAUUGCAAUCAUUUGUUCUUCUCCUUACGAGCUUUGUGGAUAAACGAAAUUUUGUGUUUUAAAAACGGAAAGAAAAAAUUUUUUCAGUAGUAGAGUGGUCUUUCUUUGACCACACUUAAAAAACGUAUUUCAUUUGCAUAAUUUGAUUUUAAAAUUUGCGAAAAUAAUCAGAUUUUGUUGCCUUCAAGUUCAUAAAAUUUGACACUUCUAUAGUUAUUCUUUAAGUUUUCAUGUUAGUAUUGAUGAAAAUAACAUCUUCGGAAUGGCUUGAAAAAUCAAAGUGGAAGAGUGGCAAAACGGAAGAAAAUAAUUCUUAAUGUGGCAUUAGAUUCUUUUAAUUUGAAAUAACUUAUUUUGUUCUGUAUUUUUCUUUUAAAUCAUUCGUAUUAUUCAUUGUAAUUCUUCAAUUCAUCCCUUAAAGGAACCUGGGUCAACUUGGCCCAAGUACAACUUAACUAUCUUUAUCCAUAGUAAAUAAUAAUCAAAUUUGUCUCUUGCGCGCUAUUAAAUCUAAUAAAAAAAUCAUCAAAUGCUAGUUUCACCAAGGACAGAAAUAAAUUCACGAGGGAUCUUUUAAUUAGUGUAUUUUUAUUAAUGGUAUAAUUUCGUGUUGGAAGGAAAAUAAAGUUCAAUGCCGAAUUAAUUUUCAUGUAACUGCGCUAAACUUCGUCAUUUUCCCUCUGAUAAUAUAAUCCGGUGAAUUUCCUAAAUUUAACUUUAGGAAUAUAAAAAUGCAGCAUUCGCACAGGUGGUUGUAUUGUCUAAACAAUUGCUCAACAUCGUCACUUGUUAAUUUGAACAUCUUCGUGCCUUUCUAUGUAGCAGUUUUUAUGGAAUGCAGAAAUUAUGAUUCUUGCGUGUUUUCAUGUUACUUUUUUGUGGUCGCAUAUCCAAAAAUGCAAACAUGCACCUAUGGAACUUAAGAGACAGUUACAGUUAUUUCUUGAAAAGAAAAUAUUUUUUUUUCUCUCAUGCUGAAGAAAUAUUACUUGUGCUAUUGUAACUGUUUUUAUCUGCAGGUAGUGGAAUUUUCAAGGGAAAUGCAGAGGCGUUUUAUCUUUUUAUGUAAACAAAUGCCUCAGUUCUGCUAGGGAAAUAUGUUGAAGUCUACACUUUUUAACUGAACUGUGAAUUCCGUGGUUCUUCUUCUCAUGUUUUAAUUUCUUUUAUGUGUCAUUGUGAGUGUGUAUUUAUUUAUAAAAUGUGAUGAAGUUCCUGUGAGAAAACAUUUUCGAAAGUUCAGCACUCCAGUAUCAGCGAACAUAUUGAUAUGUCACUUUUCUUUUAUGUGAGUGCAAGUGUAUUUUUGUAUUAAACAUUUUUUUUAAUAAAAUGUUUUUUGUAA